UCGAAAACACUAUCUUCUUUAAGAUUACAAAAUCAGUAUUACAUCCAUGCAAUAUGCGUGACCUCGUACCACGAAAUACCACCAUGAAAUACCACUAUGAAUCCUACCUUGGCAUGAUGCACAUUCAUCAAUGAUCUGUAAUAAAUGGAAAAGAGAGGGAGCCAGCUAUACCCAUCGAGAAUUUUGGAGGCGUGGACGGUCAGAUUUGUCAAGUUUUGGAGCGAAUUAGUUUGGACCGUCGACAUGUAAGAUACAUCAUAUGGAAUUUGAAGUUUAUUAAAAGGUUCCAAAUUUAGCAGUUUGCGCACAUUCCUCGUUACCGUUUCUUUAUCUGGAAAAGCAAUAGGUGGUGUGUUUUCAGCUUGGUUUUCUAAUAAUGGAGUGCAAGUGUUAACAUUGUUUAGUAGAGUUAAAGCAUGGCUCUAUAGUAGUGGUGAGUGAUAUGCCAAGCAUUGGCGCCCCCGCUUUUUUUCCUUCACCGAUUGUAGGAAAAGCCAUGCAUGGUUGUGAGGAAUUCCACACUCACUUGUUCUGCUAGACGCAUCUUGUACCGUUUUUGUGCAAUUUGGAAAGAGUGGUGGGUGGUUUUGUUUUAAGGGGAGGGAAAGAGAGCAGAUGGAAAUGGAUGAUGAAAUUCCACCAAAGGAGGACAGCAUACAGGCAUUCAUAGGUUAUCUUCUGGAGCCAACGCUCAACAAAGUUGGGCGCCUUGAACUGCCCUCUGCUGCGGCUCACGAGGAAGUUGCUAAGCAGAUGCGGGCAGUUGUAUUACUCUACAAUUAUUACCUUCGAAAAGAAUUUCCACAGCUUGAGUUUCUUGAUGCAUUUGCAUUUUGCAAGAAUGCGGUAGUCAUGUGUGCAAAACUCAUAGCAUACAUGGGAGUCUUGAAGGGCGCUGGCACUAAUCAAUUGGCAUCAGAAUUUGUUCAGCGUGCUACAAUAACUGAGAAAAUGGUUAAGGAGGCCUGUGAUACCUGUGAAGCAUUGGAAUCUCCAAGAACAAUCUCUGAUAUAAAUACUUGGCCAGUCUCAAAAGUUGCUGUAUUUGUAGUAGAUGCUGCAUAUGAGAGGUGCAUCCUCAUUUUUGGCUCUGUAACAAGAGGAGUUUGGUCUCUUGUUGAAAAAGAUGUUGAUGGCUUUGAUAGCUUACAUGGAUUGACGCUAGAGGAUGCAAAGAAAAAUAAAGAGAGAGGUUUACGUAAGAGGCAACAUGGAGAUAUGCCAAGUGGAACAGUGAUCAAUGAUUUUAAAAAGCUACUGUCACUUGCCUUUUCAGCUGUUACAGAACAAACAGGACUCAACAAGCAGGAUUUGCAAGCGGUUUCCUAUUCCUUGGUAUAUUCAUUAACAAAAGCAAAGACUAGCUGUCAGUUAUUUAUGAUGCGCUGUAUCAAGGACAGCCCUCUCAAGUCUACUUCUUAUACGGAGUGUAAAUGGGUUCCAGUUGAGGAAGCUCUUGGCAAUGUGGGAGGGGCUUUGCUUGAAAACGUACACUGUAGCUAUGAGACAGGACCAGCAGUUUCCUAUUUUCAUCUGUGGCCAUAUUCUGAUGCAAUUCACAAUUGGUUGUCAAGGAAAGACUCAAUUGAUGUUGAAGGAGUUCCAGAGGCAUUUGGGAAUGUAGAGCACAUUGAGGAUCAAAAAGUUGCAUCAAAUAAUCAACACAAUCUUGCACAAUCUUGCAGUGUUAACAGCUCCAAGCUUGAAACUUUGGCACCAAAUGUUAUGUGUAUGAAUCAUGAAUCUCUUAACACCAAUGCAGAUUUCCCACAGGAUCCCUUGGAUACUGGCAAGGCAGUUAAAAAUGGUAACCGACAGCUUGGGUCUGUAGUUGACACUGAUGUAGUGUAUGCAGGUAAAGCUGCAAGGCAGUUUUCUGACAAGAAUCUGCAUUCAAUGCAGCAUGCUAAUGCUGCAACUGAGCAGGUUUCAUCACCUUUCAGAACUGGACUGCAUAAUAGAAGUACCAUGGGGCUUGGUCAAGAAAUUGUUAAUGGCAGGAUAACCAAAGAUGCUACAUCGAAUGGAAUGAGGGUGGGUGGACAAGAAACACAUAGUCUUCUGCACUCUGGUUUUGAGGGAGUAAGGCCUCAGAAUAGCAAGGGUAAUGAUAUGCAUGCAUUAAAUUCUCAACAGAAUGUUGUUAAUUAUACAAUGGGAGACCGUGAGAAGUUCCCAAAUGGAAUGCAAGAGAACCAGAUUCAUAUAGACAGUGAUUUCAAAAAAGCUGCAAUCGAAGUGAUCAUUCAGAAACGGGACAAACUUUUUGAGGAUCUGAUAAAGGUCCAAUCACAACAUCAAUCCCAAAGCAAGGAACUUCUCAGCAAGAUUGCUACAUGUGAUUCUAACAUGGAGAUGAUUCUUCGUGGUGGGACAGAUGCUUUGAUAUUAGCCACACAAAUCCAGAAUAAAAUAUCUGCAUGCAGCAAUGCCAAUGCGGCUGUUGAGCCAAAUUCAUUAGCUACACCUGAUUUGAAACGGAGGAAGCUCUCAGAAGGGAUUCUCUUCCUGCGAAGUUCCUCUCAGGAAUUGAAUGAUAUAUGUGUGAAAAACAGAUGGUCAAUGCCUAGCUAUUUCAUUUCCAUUCCAAGCAAUUCUUAUGAGAGGGAUUGCUUCUACUCAAAAGUUAAGAUUCGAGGUUAUGACUUCGAACUAGAAGAGACUGGGGAAAUGAAAACUGGAGAAAUGGAAGCAAAAGAAUCUGCAGCAUCACUUAUGCUUAGUAGACUCUAUCGAAUGAGUGCUGGCUCUAGGGUGUAGCAUGUUAUCUCAAAAUUAGCAGUUUGCUUGUAUUAUAAUCAGUUAUAAGAGGCCACCUAUUGGACGGGUGUCAUUGUUAUUGUAGCUGCUACAGCAGCGCACUUCAAUUAAGCAGCUGAAGUUGUUCCUAACUUCUGAUAAUGGCGUUCUCUUAGUCAAAGUUACUCUACACUUGACCAUGUGCUCAACAUAUGGUAAAGUACUUUAUUUUUAAUUUACAUGUAUGACUCUUUUCAGCAUGCGAGGAAGUUUGCACAAACUCAUCUUCCAUGACUGUAUGAAUAUAAAUCAUUAGAAGUAGACAUUUAAAGGGUUA